AAAUGGCCGCCGGAUCAUAGUCGAAAAUACAACAGGAAAACCCCCAAAAAUACUGCUAAAACCCGUUCAUUAUGACAGAAAUAUUGUGCCGUUGGCUCAAUGAAGAGGUCGGGCUUAGCCGGCAAAUUGAUCAUUUCAAUUUUGCCAAGGAGUUUGCAACGGGAUAUCUCUUAGGGGAGCUCCUUGAGAAACAUGCUUUGCAAAACGACUUUGCAGAAUUUUCCCAAAGCAUUACGGCUGACUCUAAGCUGAAUAAUUUCACAAGACUGGAGCCUACUUUAAAGCUGCUGGAGGUUCCAUAUGAUACCAAUAUAGCUCAUGCAGUUAUGAAUGAGAACCACAGCGUUGUCACAAGACUCCUGUAUCAGCUGUUCAUAACACUAGGGAAGAAAAAUAAAAUGGGACUUACAGGUGUUGCCAUGGAAACAAUGAGACCCAGUGGUCCAGUAAAGCUUGAAAGCAUAGAAAGUGGCAUGUAUAAAGAGAGACUGAAGCAGUUAACAAAACGUCAAGUAGACCUCAACUUUGAAAACCUUGUACAGAGGUACCAAGCAAAGCAAAAACAACAGGAAGAACUGGCUUUCAAAGCAAAGUUUGAAGAAGAAGAAAAAUUCAGAAAACACCAACAAGCACAAAGAAUCAGAGGCCUAGAAAAGUCACGUCAAGUCAGGAAUAAGCAGCAAGAAAUGAUGGACAAGAUUCGCGAAGCAACGGUCAAGAUUCCAAAACCACCAGAUGCAAAGAAAUCUGGGAAAUCUAGAGGCGAGAUACGUCGACAGCGCGAAGCUGAGGAAGUUAAAGCCAAUAUUGAUGCAUUUGAAGCCAGCAUGAAGGCGACUAUUCCACCUGUUAGCCCAGCAGCGUUGGACGAUAUACCACGCGUUAGUCGAGAUGUAUCAGUAGAUGUCGAAGUAUUCAUACGUCAAGACUCAGCUAAACAGCUCCCCGACCCCUUGUCUGUCAUCAAG